UACGCGAGACGGCAACACCGACGAUCCCCAGGACCGGGGUCCAACUAGGCGCAGAUCUGUUUCCUCGGAGCUGGGCUGGUCUAACGCUGUUCUACAGCGUGUGCUUUGGAGAGAGAGUUUGCUAUGCUUUCGGUAGUUUAUGUGCUGUUGCUUUUGCUUUUUCAGUUCCAAUCAAUGUUGACAGUCAUGAUUACAACAAGCUUUCCUAUUAAACGUAGACCCCAUCCAUCAAGACCAGACCAUCAACCCGCUCUGAAAUCAAACGGCCCUUUCCCAUCCCGUAUUCAUCCAAGUCUUUUUUUUUUCAGCCCUGUACCGUCCCUGGCCAGAUCAAAAACACGGCAUCAUGCACCCUGCCGAAUGCGGCGUGCAACGCGAAGGGUGUACGAGAUCACUUGGCUACAUACCUGCUAUCCUACCUUCAGCGCUUCCCGAUCCGACCCAUACCCCUCUACGCGAUCCCACCUUGAUGCACUUUACGCAUCUGCAAGAAACCUUUCUGGCAUCCUUCCGUCCAAUUCAGUCCUUACAUGAAAGCGCCGCUGCUUCUAGAGGCUGGUGCUAAGAGAGUCUAGCCCUUCCUGUGGCUUGCGCAGAGCACUGCAGGCCAACACUGAGGGCCGACUGUAACUGGUCCGCGAUCCACGAUGAUUGGAAGGGGAAGAGGACCGGUGUAUGCGUUAGGCGCAACGCUGCUGUUGUUUCACUGCGCGCUGGCGUUUCUGGCUGCAGUGGUCGUGAGAAGUGGGCGCAAUGGGCUUCUUCGAACGGCAUCAUAGAUGUCGUGACGGUGGCUAUGGGGUUACAUUGUCUGG